AUGUCUGGAGGACCAAGUAGAGACAGAGAUAAAGGGAGGAAAUGGGAAUCCGGAGCAUUAAAAAGAAAAAGAAAGGUUGAAGCUGUUAUAUCCAACCAAGCUCUAAGUUCCAGCAUGUUGAAGUUUCUCAAGAAACCUUCUUCGAGUGUCACUGCUUCAGAGUCAUCUGAUGAAACUUUAGUUUCUAAGCCAGUAUCAGAGUCAAAUGAAUCUUUUUUUUGGAAAUUCUGA